AUUUUCGGGCGAUGGCGGGUAUAUGAUUGCAACAUUGCAACUCCUAAUAUGUUAAGUUUGUGAGUUAUCUUAUAUCUGUCUUUCUGUCUUUCUGCUAAUAUAUCGAAUUACAAAAUUGGCUAAGUUUAUGAAAAUUCACGAAUUUUUGUAUGAUAUACGAGAGAUACAAAAGAGACGUAAAAGAGUGGAAUAGUUAAUUUAUGUAAACAAUUUCCGUUUUCGAGAAAUAAUGUUUUUCAAGAAAAUUUUAAUGCCGUGCGGGUUAUGUGCGUUACCUGUGAUAAAACCAGAAAAUCCAUCGGAAAGCAAAAUGUCACCUUACAGUAACGAGUCAGGAGUGAAGAAAUUAAUUCGACCAUCCGAACUACCGAUUUACCCCUUUGAAGACGAUUAUUCUAAACAGAUCCCAUGCACAGAAUGUUCACCCUCUGCAUUGGAGCGGAACAUAUCCAAAAUUCGAAAAUCGGUUCAAGCAGUCAUGUCAGAAUAUCAACAUUACACUGGUGUGAUCUCUGAUACCAUUGACACUGGUGUCGAACACAGCAAAUCUCUUUUGGACUAUCUUCGUGAAGAAAGUAAUGUUAUGCCACGAAUGGGUGCUAUUGCUAUUGGUGGAUUGGCUGGAUUAGUGCUUGGACUUAGAGGACGUACAUUUAAGCGAGUAGUAUAUUCUAGCACAGGUGCUCUCGCUACAGCAGCUGUCUGUUAUCCCAAAAAGGCAGAAGAGGGACUUGAUACAGCAAAACAUUACAUAAAUGUUGGCUACAAUUUUGUUUAUGGUGUCAAGCCCGGUGAUGAUCGACAGCUGAAAAUCACAAUACCAGAGUUGCCAAAAUUGAAAAUACCAACAUCUUUUUCGGAAUUUGUAGAUUUAACAAUUGUCAUAGGUUCUACAGUGACUACCACUGUUGGUAGUUUUGCACAGAACAUAUAUACAUCUUUAAGUGAUAAUAAGGAGAAAGAUAAAUCAACAGCUAAAUUAGAUAAACGAGAUUAAGAAACGACGAUAUUAAUAAAAUGUAGUGAAAAAUAUAAACGUUUUGUCAGAAACGUUUUGUGAAAAAAGAAAGAAAUUAAGAAUAAUUUAAUU